AUGGUCAUGAUGAGAUUGUGCCUCGGAUUAUUUGAAAGAGACUUAGCACAUAGAUUUAAUGUUUCAAUCAUGACUGUCUCAAGGAUAACACGCUCGUGGACAAGAUUUCUGAGGUCAGAGUUUGGGCCACUUAUUGAAAUUCCACCAACAGGUGUUUUGAAAUUACAUAUGCCUAAUGUAUUUCAACAAAUCUGCCCUGAAACUGUGCUCACUGUUGAUUGUACCGAGUUCCGAAUGGAAAAACCAUCCUCACUUCAUACUCAAUCAGCCUGUUACUCUUCAUAUAAAAGCACAAACACUAUGAAGGCUCUUCUUGGUAUUACACCAAGUGGUGAUGUUGCAUUUGUUAGCAAACUCUUUCCCGGAAGUACAUCAGACAAAGAAAUAACAAUACAAAGUGGCUUACUGGACAAAUUGAAAAAGGAUGACGAGGUUAUGGCAGAUGAAGGAUUCGAGUGUCAAGAUGAGCUAGCUUCUGUUGGUGCAAUUUUAGUUACACCUAACUAUCUUAAGCAAAAGAAGCAGUCCUCUAUAAGUGAAACAGAGCAUAACAAGACGAUUGCAAGUUUGCGUGUUCAUGUAGAGAGGUUGAUGGAAAGACUGGAAAACUGGCAUAUAUUUGAUCACAAAAUACCAAUUUAA